AUGUCUCCGAGGAACUCCCACGACAAUAAUGACAUCGGCAAAGCCCAUGUCGACAAUGUCGAGGUCAUCCCCAACGCCCUGGCCAAUGCCAACAAGCCGAACCCUAGGAAAGAAGCUCCGGCCUACGUUGCCGGUCUGACGCCGGAAGAACGUGAAGAGGCCGAGAAAGCUCUCGUCCGCAAGAUUGACCUUCGACUGCUCCCGAUCACCAUCAUCAUGUACAUCCUCAACUACCUGGAUCGAAACAACAUUGCUGCCGCUCGACUUGCCGGGCUCGAGGAUGAUUUGAAUCUGAGUGAUGUGCAGUUCCAGACCUGUGUUAGUAUUCUGUUUGUAGGAUAUUUGUUGAUGCAAAUUCCGUCCAAUUUGAUGUUGAACAAGUUCGGAAAGCCUGCUAUUUAUCUUCCUUGCUCGAUGGUGAUGUGGGGUAUUGUUUCCACCUGCACGGCGGCCGCUCAGAAUUAUGCCGGACUGGUCGUUAUUCGGUUCUUUCUUGGUUUCGUUGAAGCCGCAUACUUUCCCGGUUGUCUGUACUUCCUUAGUGCUUGGUACACGAGGAAGGAGCUGGGUUUCAGAACCGCUGCCCUCUAUUCCGGGUCUUUGAUCUCUGGGGCUUUUUCAGGUUUGAUUGCGGCCGGCAUUACGGGCAACAUGGACCAUGUUAAAGGUCUUCGCGCUUGGCGUUGGCUCUUCAUCAUCGAAGGUGCUGUCACGAUUGUCAUUGCCUUGAUAGCGCUUUUUAUCCUUCCCAAUUUCCCUCGAACAACCGGAUGGCUCUCCGAAGAAGAGAAAGAACUGGCUGCCUGGCGUCUGGAGGAAGACAUUGGCGAGGACGAUUGGGUGGACAGUGAACAGCAAUCUUUCCUGCACGGUGCAAAGCUGGCUUUUGCCGACAUCAAGACCUAUGUCCUGACGCUGCUUGUCCUGUGCAUCGUCUCCUCUGCCUCGGUGACCAACUUCUUCCCUACUGUCGUCGAGACCCUCAACUACGGCAAUAUCGAAACGCUUCUCCUAACGGCACCUCCUUACUGCCUUGCUGUUAUUUGUGCCUUUGCCAACGCCUGGCACGCCGAUCGCACCGGCGAACGAUACUUCCACAUCACCCUGCCCUUGUACGUUGCGAUGGCCACCUACAUUAUCGCUGCAACUACCACGGCCAUUGGUCCUCGUUACCUGUCCAUGAUGCUCAUGGUCCCAUCCCUGUAUACCGGCUACGUCGUAGCCCUGAGUUGGAUCUCUAGUACCUUGCCUCGACCGGCAUCUAAGCGUGCAGCCGCUCUGGCGGCCAUCAACUGCGUCAGUAAUGCUAGUAGCAUCUACGCCAGCUACAUGUAUCCGGAUAGCGACAAGCCGAGAUUUGUGACUGCCAUGAGUGUCAACUGUGCUACCGCAUUCGUUGCCAUCCUCGCCGCCACCGUCCUCCGCUUCAUCCUUGUCGGAUUGAAUAAGAAACUCGACCGCGGCCAGGAGGUCUCGGGAGCUGUUAGGUCUGGUGGUCUUCCGGGCCAGGCCAGUGCGAGAGGGUUCCGGUUUUUGGUUUAA